GUGACAGAGUGAAUGGCUUGUCACAAUGCAUGUGUAUGAUCCAACAAGUUUUGUUUUGAGCCUUAAUUUUUUCUCUUUUUCAUCCCGUUAGUGUUCAUUGACUAUUUGGAUUAGCGCGUUUAAUGUGCAUAGUGACCAUUGAACUUUAGCCUAUUGGAAACCCACUAGUCUAUUUUUUCAUUGGCUAAUAUAACACACUUCUGGACCUCUUUUAGCCCGUUGAACAUUUAAUAUACAUAGUGACCGUUGGGCUUUGGCCCGUUGGAAAUCCACUUGUCUAUUUUUUUCCUUGUCUAAUAUUACACACUUUCAGGAUUAAAUCCUUUAGAAUUUAUUGGGUACUUUACCGCAUCAUCUUGACCCUUCAUUUUGAAUUAAAUGGUUGGUAGUAUGCCAUAUCAUUAAUUUAUUAAUGAAAUCCUUAAAAUAACAGUGCCACAUUAGCAAUUAAAAACCACAUCUCUUUUAUUAUAUUUUAAUUUAGUAUUUUACCUAUGUUAUCUUCUUAUAAUUUCGGAAGAUAUUAUAAAAACUAACCAAUUAAGCAUUUAAUAUAUUUAGUAUAUACUUGUUUUCAAUAUUUAGCUUUAUUUCAAGAAAAAUAACUAGUAAACAAAGGAGAUGGUGAUGAAAAAAAAAAAAAAAAAAAAGAUCAGCUUAUUGUUAGCCAACUUUAAGUCGGGUUCGUCGCCAUCUCUUUUGAUUAAUGUUGAGAGUUAAAACUUCUAAACCUCACCUAUAUUGCUGUGCACACCAAUCAGUCAGACAAUAUCUACUAUAAAAAUGUUGACAAAAUUUGUGUCCUAUGCUUACCAAAAACAAAAGCCAAAGUAAAAUUUUGAACCAAUCACUCAGAUAAUAUUAACUAUAAAAAAAAGAUUGGUCAAAUUUUGUGUCCUAGGCAUACCGAAAACAAAAACAAAAAUUACUUUUUGCUAACCAAGUCAUUGUUUUUUAUUUUUUGAUAGGAACUCAGUCAUUAGUAUGGGGCACAAUUCAACCCACACGUGAACAUGUCUCACAGCUGAAUUUCUUCUUAUUUAAGCAUUUUAGCACUGCUUUCACUUGUUACAAAAGUGUCCCAAGUUUUAUCAUCAAUGGCAGAAGCAACAAAAAAGUUUGCAGUUGUUACAGGGGCCAAUAAGGGGAUUGGUUUUGGAAUAUGAAGGAAAUUGGCCUCAAAUGGGAUCAUGGUGAUGCUAACUGCUAGAGAUGAGAAAAAAGGCCCUGAAGCUGUUGAAAAGCUGAUAGAGUCUGGGCUAUCUGACCAUGUGGUAUUUCAUCAGCUUGAUGUGGCUGACCAUGCUAGUAUAUCUUCCUUAGCAGAUUUCAUUAAAACCAAAUAUGGGAAGCUUGAUAUAUUGGUCAACAACGCGGGGAUUCCUGGAGCUAUAAUUGAUGGUGAUGCUUUAGCUGAUUCAGGUAAUGAUAUGGGUUUUGUAACCAAGGAGCUUCUCGAUCUUCAUCGUGUGAUGAACUGAAGAACUUUGCAGCUAACAACCUUCUCUAGUUGGUGAUUGAAGUCGCGUAUUGGGAUCCGCACAAUUGGUUAGUCACAUACUGGGAGCAGUGCAUUAAAAUGAGAGAUUGUCACUACAGAACAUGUCUAAUUGGGUAUUAGGAUAAGGGUUUAACUAUAGGUUGGUAUAAGGUACUGAGAUUCCUUUACUUAUAACCGUUUGUUGUGAUAAUAGUGGAUUCUCGGGAGUAGUGACCUUAAAAUCACCCGGUGGAGUUUUUGCCGUGUUGGUUUUCCUCAUUCGUAAAAAAAUCACCUUGACGAUUUAAUUUC